AUGAUGGCUGACCCGGAAGAGACGGAGGCCACACCCCUGCUGCAGGCAGCAUCGUCGGCCAACUCUAGUCAAGCCUCAGGCGAUAGACAGGGUGAAGGUAGCGGUCACGAAGCAAACCUCGCGAAAUAUACAUUUUACGUGGCUCUCAUCGUCCUUUUCCUGAUCAACGCCGGGACUGCGAUCGCGGUGCCGCCCACCACCAGCGUUCUACAAGAUGUCAUCUGCGAACGAUAUUAUGCUCGCCAAACGGGCACGCUAUUGGCUUCUGUCAGUGAGCGGGACUGCAAGGCCGAACCCAUUCAAACGUCUCUUGCGAUGGUUAAGGGUCUUGCUGGUAUGGACAAAUCUGGCCCGCCCUCUCGCUGCUUUCUGCUGGAGGCUGCCGCGUACUCUGGCAGCGUCUUUGGUUAUCUUGCGAGCUCUACCAUCAUGGACAACUCUCUAUGGACUCCAGUCUGUCUGGGACUCGGCCUUAUUUUCACCUCGUUUUGCCUGGUCCUUCCAGUGCCCGAACAGCGUCCACUUGCUGCAGAAUCGGACCAACAAGAGGUCAAUCAGCCGCUGUCCACAAAUGACGCUCCCAAGUCGAUUCAGCGCACUUUGCGCCCAGUGAUGAUUCUUCUCAAGGAGCAGAGCAGUUUAGUUGUUCUUCUGUUGGGAUUACUGCUGCGGUCGCUCGGUGUCAGUGUCAUGAGUCUACUGAUCAUCUAUGCCUCACAGGUGUUCAACUGGUCUUUCUCUCGGUCUGGAUACCUGGUCUCCCUUGACAGCACAACCCACCUAGUUGUGUUACUAUUACUACCGACCGUGGACCGCUUGCUUCUUUCCCGACGAGGGCCCGCAGAGGUGUCCACACACUUCGCGCUAGCCAGGAGCAGUGUUUUGCUGUCCGCCUUGGGAUGCGCUGGCAUGGCGGUUUCCUCCUCUCCGUCCCUCUUGGCUAUUAGCAUCUUACUAUACGGCCUUGGAGGCGGCUACGGCCAGUCACUCCGAUAUAUCCUAACGGUCUCAACCCCUGAGGAGCACCGCGCCAUCACCUACUCCGUCUACGCAAUCAUGGAAACUCUGGGAACGCUCGUUGGGUCACUACUCUGGCCGCUGGUGUAUCAGAUCGGACUAAAUCUUGCUGGUCCCUGGGUUGGUCUUCCUUUUGUGACUUCGGCUGGUCUAUUUGGUGUAGUAUUCCUGACAUUGGCCGUUGGUCGAUGA